GGAAUAUGGCGAUGGUAUUUGGUUAGUGCGGGGUCUUGUUGAUUCUGUUUCAAGUGUACAGUGUUUAUCGUGUUUAAGAGCGUAAUUAUAAUUUAAAUUUGAAGUACAAUUUGUUAAGACAAUGAGUUUCUUUAGUAAAGUAUUUGGCGGUAAAAAAGAACCGGCUUCCUUAUCAACGGCCGAAGCUAUACAGAAAUUACGGGAGACUGAGGAUAUGUUAUUAAAGAAACAAGAUUUUCUUGAAACUAAAAUAGAACUUGAAAUUCAGACUGCUAAGAAACAUGGGACAAAAAACAAGAGAGCUGCAAUUCAAGCUCUUAAAAGAAAGAAGCGAUAUGAGAAACAAUUACAACAAAUUGAUGGCACACUGACUACAAUUGAAAGUCAAAGAGAAGUGCUCGAAUGUGCAAAUACCAAUACAGCUGUACUUACUAAUAUGAAAAAUGCUGCAGAUGCAUUAAAAUCUGUCCAUCAACAUAUGGAUGUUGAUCAAGUACAUGAUAUGAUGGAUGACAUAGCUGAGCAACAAGAUGUAGCUAGAGAAAUUUCUGAUGCCAUCUCUAAUCCUAUUGCAUUUGGAAAUGAUGUAGAUGAGGAAGAAUUAGAGAAAGAAUUGGAAGAGCUUGAACAAGAACAACUGGAUAAAGAGUUGCUUGGCAUUGAAUCUACUGAUGAACUUCCAAAUGUCCCAGCUACUGCUCUUCCAUCUGCACCACCUAGGACUCCCGCAAAAGCCAAGCCUGCAGAUGAUGAAGAUUUGAAAGAAUUACAAGCAUGGGCAUCAUAA